UUUGUCGGCCAUGAGACUGUUGGUGACCCCUUGUCAAGCCAAUAUAGACAAAGCCCUGCCCGCACUAACUUAUUCACUCAUUGGUUGCACUCUUCCGAGGCUCCGUUGGCCACCAGCAACAUUAAUGACACCAGUAGUAACUUCAAUGGCAGACGCAACUCGAAUGGUUCCCAGACUUCCAGCCCACUACUACUCUCACCGAAUUCUCAGCCGGUUGAUCUCCCUUGUCCAGUAUGCCGCCGCGUUUGGCGCUUACAUGGAGCUCCGGGCAAGCUGAUCCCACGACUCCCAGUCUCCUGCCUCCACCUGGUUCUACUUGACUAUUUGCACUGCUGGCAGCAGACGCUAUCCAUCAGGUUUUCUCAAGCAAUUGCAACUGAUGUGGACACUACAGAUGAUGAGAAUAGUGAUAGCAUUUCUCCUUCUAUUUCCCUGCUAGAGGUCGACCUCUCUGAUGCUCCUGCGGCAUCACCUCUUCCAUCCUCGCCAAUACUUGGCGCAGAUGAUUCGGAAGCUGAUCUUGAUACCUCUUUUGGCUCCGAGCGAUAUCAAUCAUCAACUAAUUCUCCACUUCUUCGUACCUUCUGGACUCGCCGAUUCCGUAUCGCCUCUCCCUACCACUCCCGGCCUCCCUCACUUGAGGGCAAAGUAUCACUGGGUCGAUCACUCGAUUCUCCGCAGCCUGUAGCUGUUGGAGUCUUGGGACACCCAUUCAAGUUUUUAAAAAAUUCAUCUACCGGGCCCUCAAAUUCAGUCAUCUCUCGUGGGGAUGUAACCCUAUCCAGCCAACAGCCUUGUCUCUCUGAGGUGCUACUCAACCACCAGCUAGAUCUGCUGAAUAGCUUGACACAGGGCUCCCUGCGGCAUGAACACGAGCCAACCUACCUGUCCGCUUGUCUUCUUCGUAUUGCUGACAUUUUUCAUCAGCAUCUCAAACGUCUGGACGCUCGACUUGACCAUCCAGACCUUGAGUGGCGGCAUUUCUCCAGCGGACAGCAAGUGCUGCAUAGACUUCCUUCGCCUCCGCCACCUGAGACCGAUGGGGAAAUAAAUUCUCAACCCAGGACAUCACUUAACGGCCUUGAAGUUGCUUAA